UCUUUAGUGCGUAUUAUCAGCUACUCAAUUACUGUGAUGGCCCUCAAGCACUGAGUGAUAGUGUGUGAAGUGCAGAGGAUCAAACCCAAACGUUUAUUCAAGUACUUCCCCAAGCUUAAACUUCAUCUCACCCCACUUUGAGCAGCAGCUUCCAAGUUUGUUGCUAUGGCUUCCUCUCAAUUUUUCUCAUCCUUCAUUCAUCCUCAACUCAGGCAAAUUAUGGAUAACAUGUGUCUGUUUGACAAAAUCUUGUUCUGCAUAAUACAUUUCUUGGACAAGUAUCUUCCAUGGCAUAGGUUGCCAGUGUUAAUUGGAUUGGCUUAUUUGGGUAUAAGAAGGCACUUGCACCAGAGGUACAAUCUCCUGCGUGUUGGAAGCAGUAAUGGCGGCAAAUAUGAUACUGGAAAGUUUGUGUAUCGGACUGCCGAUGGAACGUGUAAUCAUCCUACAGAUGAUAAGGUUGGAAGUCAGGGAACAUUUUUUGGUCGAAACAUGCCUCCAUCAAGUUCAGAUUAUGCUUUGAUGGAUCCUCACCCUACAAUAGUAGCCACAAAGCUCUUUGAGAGAAGAGAGUACAUAGAGUGUGGGAAGCAAUUUAACAUGAUAGCAUGCUCAUGGAUACAAUUUAUGAUUCACGAUUGGAUUGACCACAUGGAGGACACUAAACAGAUGGAACUUAGGGCCCCUGAUGAAGUUGCAGAAAGGUGUCCACUGAAGUCGUUUAGAUUCUUGAAGAGCAAAAGAUUUCCAACAGGUUCACCUGAUCCCAAAUUUGGAUUUCUAAAUAUGAGGACUCCAUGGUGGGAUGGAAGUGUGAUUUAUGGGAACAAUACAGAAGGCAUGGUUAGGGUGAGAACAUUCAGAGAUGGAAAAUUAAAGAUCUCCAGUAAUGGACUCCUUGAACAUGAUGCUAAGGAUAUCCCCAUAUCUGGAGACGUCCGAAAUGGAUGGGCAGGCUUCUCACUCUUGCAGGCCUUGUUUGUCAAAGAGCAUAAUGCUGUUUGUGAUAUGCUCAAAAAACAUUACCCUGACUUGGAUGAUGAGAAGCUCUACCAACACGCAAGAUUGGUUACUUCAGCAGUUAUUGCAAAAAUUCACACUAUUGAUUGGACAGUUGAACUUCUAAAGACUGACACAUUGUUAGCAGGAAUGAGGAUUAACUGGUAUGGAUUUCUGGGAAAGAAAGUCAAGGAUCUAUUUGGACCCAAGUUUGGACCAGUACUUAGUGGAUUGGUAGGCCUCAGACAACCAAGGGAUCAUGGAACUCCCUACUCCUUGACUGAAGAGUUUGUUAGUGUCUACAGAAUACAUUCUCUUUUACCAGAUAAAAUUCUUCUCAGGGAUGUCAAAUCAGCAACCUCAGAAGACAAAUGCCCGCCAAUUCAAGAAGAGGUCCCUAUGAGGGAAUUGAUAGGGAAAGAAGGGGAAGGAAGGCUGUCAAAGAUUGGUAUGGAGCAGAUGAUAUUGUCAUUGGGUCAUCAGGCCUCAGGAGCUCUCACAUUGUGGAAUUUUCCAUCAUGGAUGAGGAACCUCAUUGCUCAUGACAUCAAUGGAGAAGAGAGGCUAGAUCCAGUAGACAUGGCUGCAUUGGAGAUUUACAGAGAUAGAGAGAGGGGAGUUGCGCGAUACAACGAAUUCAGGAGGAACUUGCUUAUGAUACCAAUAAGCAAAUGGGAAGAUUUAACUGAUGAUGAAAAAGUAAUCGAAGCACUCAGGGAAGUCUACGGACAUGAUGUAGAGAAGCUAGAUCUCCAAGUUGGUUUACAUGCAGAGCGGAAAAUCAAAGGCUUUGCCAUCAGUGAAAGUGCUUUUUUCAUAUUUCUCCUCAUUGCAUCAAGGAGGCUGGAAGUUGAUAGGUUCUUUACGACUAAUUUUAACAAAGAAGCCUAUACAGAGAAGGGCUUGGAAUGGGUUAACAGCACAGAGACAUUGAAAGAUGUUAUCGACAGACACUUUCCUGAAAUGACAAAGAAAUGGAUGACUAGUUCAAGUGCAUUCUCAGUGUGGCACUCAGAGCCAAAUCCCAAGAACUAUUUACCUCUCUAUCUUAGACCUGCAACCUGAUUUAGUUUGUGCCAGUAAUCAUUGUACUUAUGUAAGUAAAACAGGAACUAAAUGUUGUAUAAUGUGCUUAAAUCUAUGCAAUCAAACUGUCCUGUUUCCUUUGUGUA